UUCAAACUACACUCACAUGCAAAGGUGCGAGUCCCAGUGAUGCAACUGUGAUUGAGAAACAAGCACUGUCACACUUGUUGUUGUGUGUCAAACAAAAAUGUCACACAAGUCAGAAAUUAAGGGUCAUAUUUGCUACGUGUGGAACGCCAUCAAGUGGAAUGGUCAGAUGGGUGAAACUGAAUGGUCCGCAAUGGCCUACCAACAUGUCCUGCUCUAUUUCAUCUGCACUUUGACAGCAGGAGGACUUUGAGUUGGAUACGUAUGCUUGUGGAGAUGGGACAACAGAGACUCUUACCAGGAGGACUUUGAGUUGGAUAGCAGACACGGUACCUGGAAUGCCAUCUAGUGGAAUGAUCAGAUCGGUGAAACCGAAUGGUCCGCAAUGGCCUACCAACAUGUCCUGCUCUAUUUCGUCUGCACUUUGACAGCAGUUUCUGCACAGGAUGUGAAAUAUUUCCUGAAGGGCCAGGACAUACACUUGGCGCCGCCCAUCUUUGAACGACCGAUUGGAAUUCUCUGGCUACAUAAUGGAAGUGAUGUGGUAUUGUUUAUUCGCACGAAGGAUGUUGUGUAUCCUCCAUACAAGAACAGAGUCGCUUUGGAUUGGCUCUCUGCAGAACUCACCAUCAAAAACGCCACCUAUGAGGACAGUGGGGUCUAUGACUUGGAUGUUAACAUAAACAAUGAGCUGCAUACUUUCCAGUAUAGAAUUGAGGUUAUAGACCAAGUAUCAAAACCCAACAUAUCCUGUGAGAGGAGCGACACAAAGCAGGCGACGCUCGUGUGCUCAACGGAGUCCAAACAACCUCAUUUAUUGAUGUUUAAGUGGCAUUCACGUGGAAAAGAGCAUACCGGACCAAAUUUAACUGUCUGGAAUGAAGAUGAUGGUCAAGUUUAUCGUUGUGAUGUCAGCAACCCUCUGACCAAUGAAACGGCUUCUUUCACUAACGAUUGCUUCCUGGACAAAAGAUCAAAUUCUUCAGUGACAACUGCCAUCCUCACUACCCUCAUUAUGGUCAUUUUGUGUUGCUGUGUAUUAUAUAUAAAACGUCACCAUUUAAAAGACAUGUUGAAAAAUAUCCAACACAGAAGACAAGGGGCAGUAAAAGGAUUGAACAACGAGCUGUACUUGGAAGAGACCAUGACUCCCCUCGUGGUUUACCACCACCAAGACACCGUCCAACCUGAAGACAUCAGCAAUAAUCAGCAGGUGUGUCUGGACGCUGCGGCGGAAACGGUGGUGAAAGGAGACCCUAUAGAUACCAGCAUCCCCUGCAGACUGCAAACCCACAGGAAAUGCAUCAGCUGGGCAGGUACCCCGACACAUUUCUGGGACACACCCAAUCCUCCCACCGAGAGAACAAACGGUGUGAAAGAGGAUUGAAGGAAGCCAUCUGUUCAACUUAGAAACAAAAUGGAGGUUAACAUCAACUUCUUCUCAAAGAGCAUGCUUUAUCAAUUUGAAUUAAUUAUUAUUUAUUGAGUUUUUGUUUUUUUUCCAAUAUCAAAAUGGUUGAGGUCAUUUGAAAAAAAAAAAAAGUUUAUAGUGUGAAUAAGGACUAGCGUAUUUUUCAAAAGAGAUGCGUGUGGACUGCAGGCUGACGCCUGUUCAAUAAAUGACGCGAGCAAGGACCUGUAAGCAAGCAACACCAAAACUUUGAUGUUUCAUUGAGAAGAUAGAACAUUACACGCGGCACUCGGAAAUGUGUCAAAAUGUUUUAGUACGACUUUGGUAAGCUACGAAGCCGCACCGCUUGAUGGAUUGUUGACGUGCCGUGCUUCAACAUACGAGUAUUAUUAUUAUGGUGUGUACAAAGACCCCAAAAUGGCACCUAUUUGGAGACAUAUCAUCUGGUGUUUUGUUUUGCUAUAUUAUGCAAACAUGUUGCAUAUUAGAAUAGAAAUUCAAAGAGUAAAUGAAACCAAAUUUCUAGGUAUAAUGAUUGAUGAUAAAUUGAACUGGAAAUCUCAUAUAAAAAUAUACAACAUAAGGUGGCAAGAAACACGUCAAUAAUGAAUAAAGCAAAAAAUGUUUUAGACCAAAAAUCACUCCAUAUUCUCUACUGCUCGCUAAUGUUACAUAUCUGAGUCAUCCAUUCAUUUUCUAGAUAAUCUUACUCAUCUCACCAUAUGAAAUAUAACUUACUUCACCAAUUAUUUAUUUAUUUUUAAUGUUAUUACUUAUGGAGUAUACUGUGAAUAAAUUGAGAACAGGAAGUGAACAAAAGUUUUAGCAACUAUGUAUGUAAAAGAAAAGGGGUAGGAUUAAAUAAGCUCUGCUUCUUCCUACUCCUUUUCGAACAUGUUGAAUAGAGAAACUGGAAAUUGUGAUGUAUCAUGUUGUAUGUGUGCAUGUGGGAUGUAUCAUGUUGUAUGCGUGCAUGUGGGAUGUAUCAUGUUGUAUGCGUGCAUGUGUGAUGUAUC